CUUGGAUUAAUAUCACGAAAAAGUCAGUCAGAUACUGAACUCACGCUUGGGCCUAGUGAGCUAGGGUUGAAUAUCGUCUGAGACCUCCACACUUCUCGGCAGUUAUCUCUUACAUAAUCUUGAAUCUAAAUGAGUUGGUUUGUUCUGGAUAACACAUACGUGUUAGCAUGUUGAGUUAUUUUGUCUGUUUUCAUAUGCGCAUAAUUUAUACCACAAUGAGGACGAUCAAGCGUAAAACAAGGCGUGAUUAUUAGCUCAACCCGGCCUAGUCUGAAUUCAACCACUACACUGCAAAGCGCACUUACUUUCGGCUUUGCUCUACACUCCACAAGUCAAAAACGGAGAUUUUUCUUCAGAAAUGGAACUGACCACUGAUGAGUUCUUGGAGCGCAUUGGCGGCUUUGGUCGCUACCAAAUCCUGCUUACCGUAUUUUCCAAUGUGGCUUAUAUGCUGUGGUGGGGCAUGCCUACGAUGGUCAUGUUAUUCAUUGCAGCAGAGCCUGGCUGGAAAUGUAAAAAUAACGCCACAUGUCCCUUUACGGAGAUCAAAAGACUAGGAGAUGAUAACUACUCCUUCAGAUGUGACAUUCCCAGAGAAGAUUGGGAAUUUGGAAAUGAUUUCACGUCAGUCGUCACCGAGUUCGACCUUGUCUGCGAGCGUGGCUCAUUUGGAUUCAUCUCAACCUCUGUUAUUUUCCUCGGAUUUUUUAUUGGUAGCAUCUGCGUGAGUACCAUAUCUGACAAGUUUGGCAGGAAGCAUCCGCUGUUCGUCUGCGGGUUCAUUUGUGCCAUUUUUAACUUUGCUUCGGUCUUCGCUCCAGCGUUUUGGGUGUUCGCCGUUUUCCGUUGUAUCAUCGGAUUCAUGCAAGGUGCUUUCACCAUUCCGGUUUUCGUUUUGGCAACUGAAUUAUCUGGAGUUCGCCACAGAAGCACCGGGGGAGCCCUAAUUUGGCUGGGUUUUUCGGCGGCCGUCAUGAGCUUAGCAGGACUUGCCUACCUUAUCAGAGAUUGGAAACAGUUAACGAUGGUCUCUGGAGCUCCGGGAAUUUUGUUUGUGGCUUGUUGGUUCUUUACCCCGGAGUCGAUCCGCUGGUACCUAAAGAAAGGACGAGUGUCCGAUGCCAUGAACGUGCUGCGCAAGGUCGCCAAGGUUAAUGGCAAAAAGAUGCCCGACGCUACACUAAAAUUACCCAAUGAUGAGAAGAAAGAAAGACUUGGUGAUUUUCGUGACUUGUUUUCGUCAGUUAAAAUGGCUCAUAAGACGCUUCUUUCCUGGCUUAUGUGGUUCACUGCCUCUUUAAUCUCCUGGGGUACAUCGUUCCACGCACCAUUCCUUGGUGGGAACAUCUACGUCAAUGUCGUGAUUUCUUCCCUGACAGUGGUGCCCGCAUAUCCCAUUAUGGCAGGCUUGACACUGAAGUAAGAAGCAAAUUCACCUGCUCUCUGUCUUAUUUUAAUUCAUGUGGUGUCACCCCGUUGCGUCUCAAUCCUUCUUAGGGAAAGAAAGUAGCCGAAAAGAAAGACUUGGGAGCUUGGGGAGCGGUACGAAAGGGAAAAAGGGAAGCCAUCUGCCUUUCUUCUUCUUUCUAUCCGUCUUCCACCGCUCGUUUUAUACCUCCCUACAGCCUUACCGAUGAAACCUCUACGAAGAGGAGAGGUGGAGAAAUAUUGUUAAUGGAAUGUCGCGAGUAUGAAAGCGGUACUCCUUUAAGGCGGAGCCUUCUCGUUUAGACCAUCAUAGGAGUACUUCCCAUUCCCUUGGGAGAAGAGGGGUUUUUUCGGAGG